AGGUAUAUAUAUUUCCAGUCUUCUGAGGCAAAAAAAAUUCUCACAGCUUGGAAAAACCUCACAGCGUUGAUUUUUACUCUCACAGUUCAUGUGUACAUACGACGUCAUCUCGCGGAUCAUUUAAACAACUAUUAGUUAAAAUAGAAAAACUGAUUCAUCAACAAGCUUCUAAGAAUGCAUAGAAAAAAUGCUGAAAUUUUUCAUCAAGGAUGGUUAGUGAAGAGUCCACCCUAUCCUCGUGGAAUAUUUAGAGCACGAUGGCGAAGACGUUGGUUUACAUUGAAACAAGGAGAGCUUCCUGGUCAAUUUUUUCUAGAAUAUUUCACUGAUACAAGCUGCCGAAAACGAAAAGGGGUCAUUGAUCUCGAUCAAGUAGAACAAGUUGACGCAGGAUUGCGAUUAGAUAGACAAAAUAUUAAAUUCCAACAUAUGUUUGAUAUGAAAACCCCGAAUCGAACUUAUUACAUGGCAGCAGACAGUGAGAAUGAUAUGCGUGAUUGGGUCAUGGUGAUUUGUCAAGUUUGUAAUCUUCAAGAAACAGAAGAAAAAAGUGGAUCAUCUGAUGUAUCGAAAGUUCAAUAUCAAAAUCUUAAUCCUACUGCUGAUAACGAGACUAAAGAAUUCAUGGUGGAGAAAGAAAAAACCACUGUCACUAAUCAUGACGAUGAAGCUGCAACACUUGAUCAAAAAUCAAUGAUUAAUGAAUAUGAAAAUGAUGAUGUAUUUUAUCGCCGUCAAUCCAAUUGUGCAAGUUUACCUAAAACUAUAAAUUCCGAAAUUGAAAAUAAUAAUCCGGGUGGAGUGCAUUCGAAAUAUACAAAUCUAUCUGAUAUUAAUCGUCAAUCACUUGAUCAUGUUCAAGGAACUUCAACUUCUACUAAUAAAAAAAUAACGGGGACAAUCAAAAAAAUCCCAGAAAACUUAAAACUUAAAUCUCAAGACAAGAUUAAUAAUAAUGAUGACAAUGACGAUAUUUCCUUAUAUCGUUCAUCCGGUCCUUAUAUUCCAUUAAGUGACUGUUUUAGUGGUAGCCCUGUUUUAUUUAAUGAUCGCGGUGAUCCAAAAACUCCCCUUAAUUCAUUGGAUCCAAAAUUUUAUGAUGUACCCCGAUCACACAUAACAAACAUCGGUUUCAAUUUAACUGAUGAUCAACCAAAUUCCCCGAAAAGAAAUAAUUUACAAACCUCGUCAACAACAUGUGAGAGAAUGUCAGAAUCAAAAACGAAUGAAAAAAAUCCAAUUAGUGUUAAUUCAUCGCCAACUGACUCAGAAGGUGGAUCAACAGAUGAUGAAUGGAUGAAACCAAAAGUAAGAUGUCGAAAAACAAGACCAUCUGAUAGUUCGAUUGAGAACGAUUCAAUCGCAAUCACAGCUGAACAGAGUUACAUGAAAAUGGCAUCAAAUGCACUUCCAUUACCAUCAAAACGAAUAAGUUUGGCAAUGGAAAAAAAUCAAGAAUCAUCAGAUACCGAAGAAAAUCUUACUCCAAUCUUACAAAUUGGUCCAAAGGAAAGCACAGCAUACGUUGACGAACGUUAUGACUUCCCUCGAUCAUUUAACAUUCAACAAGUUUUCAGUGGAAGUCAUAUGAAUUUCAGAACAAUGGAUUCAUUAUUCUCAAUGCACUCUCACGCAAAUUUAAUGACUUCAACACCAAAUUUAGUUCGUAAUGAUAUUGGAGUUAUGCAAGUAUCAAAAAUGAAUUUUUAUUCGAAUGCAGCACCUCAUGAAAGUCGACGUGAAAGUCGUGAAAAUAAUAUCUUUAGAUUUGAUUUCACAAAUGCACUUCCAACUAACACAUUUCAUGCGCCUGAAGUUAAUCGAACUUUAAAACCGAAAAAGGAACUUUCUCCAUCUUUAUCAAUGGCCAAAAGUGAAGCCACAGAUCAAACGGCUCCAAAAGUUAAUAGGAAAUUAAAGCCAGGAGCUUUACCUAAAUUGAAUACAAUGAAACGUUCUGAAAUUGAUUCUUCGUUACUGGUUGGAAUUGAUGAUUUAGUGUCAACGGCAGAUUCUCCUUUGCCUUUGAAUCAGUCAAUUGGAUUGGGAAUAUCUGGAGUAACCACACCAACCACGCCAAAUAUUGAAAAUCGUCUUCAAUAUUUAGAUUUGGAUCAUAGCCCACCAAAAACCAUCCAUGAUUUUGUUGGGUCAGCCUCAUUUUCAAAUGUUUCUACUCUGGAUAGUUCUUUGAAUGAAUCAAUUAAAGAUGGCCCAAGUGUUGCAUACACAACUGUUGAUUUCUUAAAAACUGAUGCAUUUAAUCGUGUUCGAGAAGAUUCUGAAUUGACACGAGCAAGCAAAUCUAGAUUGAAAAAUUAAUUUGCUUUUAUGUAACCUAGCUAUAAUAUUUAGAAAUUUUCUUAGUAUUUUGAAAAAUUGUAUUGUUGAUGAUUAAAAAUUUGUUCUUUUACUUUUUCCAUAAAGAAAAGACGAGAUUAUAUUUUUAAGAAAAUAAGAGACACUAAGAAGAAGAUAAUGUAGUCAACCAGAGCGGCACAAAAGGCGUAUCUCACACAAAUCUGGCAUACGAGUAUCGUCUCCAUUUAAUGGGAAGGCUUUCCUUUAGGAUCCGCCAUAUGAAGGACAUUUGGCUAAAAACUACUGGCUAUCGCCUUAAGUUAGUUAUGUGUUGGACUAGGUAGUGAAGAAUUUCUUAAGUUGCCCUAUGGUAGUCUUAUUUAGAGUUAAUGGCAGUAUCAUAGCGUCAACUGUUAGUGGUGAAUUGAUACCUCUGUGAUUUUCGCUGAUUUCUGAAGGAAAAGCCAAAGGAAGUGCCAACGAAAAAUCGUCGUAGUGCAAACGUAUGCCUCCGGGGAGUACCGACGAGCGGCCGCUCGGGCAAUAAACAUAAUUGUUAUUAUUUAGACAUUUAUGUAGCCUUACAUAUAUGUAUAUAGCAUUUAAUACUAUCAAAAAUUGAAUAAAAUAUAUUUCCUUAAAAACCUUGAUAUAGUAGCAAUUAUGAAAAUAUUAUUAAAGAGUAAUAAAAUAUAUAGUUAAAAGUC